UAAAGAGACUUUUGCGGGCAAAGCACUGAAACCGUUGCUAUGAGGAUAACAAAAACGAAUCAGACUCAGUUCCACCCCUUCAGGAGCUCAGAAUUAUUGAGGCUAAUGGAGGAUCCAGCGACACUAAAAUAAUACACACAGGUAUAACGCACUUAAUUAUCUAUCCCUUAUAGUUUCCAAACUUUGAUUCUAGAAGAGUUCGUACUUCCGAGUACUGAGACCGAGAAGGACGUCGAGACCUUGGCCAGCUCUGGGGCACGGGAACAGUGAGGGUCCAGUCAGGCUAAGAAAGUCCCGGCGCCCAAGAGAGAAGGGGCAGGAGGCCGGGAUCGCACCCAGGUGGGAAGCACGGCUGGCGAGGGCCACGCCAAGACCCGGCACGGUGCACUCGCUCAGGCUUGCGCACGCAGCGAACCACCGAGCUGAGCAGCUCCACGCGGUAUCAGGGUCAGCCGACCUCCCUACCACCCCAGAAGCCUUUCGGAACAGCCACGGCCGACCAGGAGGAAGGGGCGGGGCUUGCGGCGGAUGUCCCCGGGCCGGCUCAGGUCACGUGAGCGGGGCCGCCGCGCGCCGAGCUCGCGUUUGGGAAGCAUGGCACUCUGGCGGGCAUACCAGCGAGCUCUGGCUGCUCACCCGUGGAAAGUACAGGUGCUGACCGCUGGGUCCCUGAUGGGCCUGGGUGACGUUAUCUCACAACAGCUGGUGGAGAAGAGGGGUCUGCGGGAACACCAGAGUGGCCGGACCCUGACCAUGAUAACUCUGGGCUGUGGCUUUGUGGGCCCUGUAGUUGGAGGCUGGUACAGGGUUUUGGACCGGCUCAUCCCUGGCACCACCAAGAAAGAUGCACUGAAGAAGAUGUUAUUUGAUCAGGGGGGGUUUGCCCCAUGUUUUCUAGGCUGUUUCCUCCCACUAGUUGGGACACUCAAUGGACUCUCAGCCCAGGACAAUUGGACCAAACUCCAGCGGCUCUGGCCUGCUGUGCAGUUGGCCAACUUCUACCUGGUUCCUCUUCAUUACAGGGAGGAUCCUGCUUCCACAACCCUUGUUGCCAUCCCACCUGAGUUCUCCACCUCUGAUGCCUUAUCUGCAGGGACAGUGACUGGGGAGCGGCAGCCUAGAUUAGAUAGAAAGGUAGACCAGAAAGCCAAGUAGGAACCUGGUCAGGUUGGCUGUUGUCCAGUGCGUCGCUGUUAUCUGGAACUCCUACCUGUCCUGGAAGGCACAUCGGCUCUAGGCCUGUCUCGCUCCAUUGUUCCUGCCUUGCAGUGAUGAAGAGGCUGGAAUGUGUCAGACAGCCUCUUCAGAGUGGGCAUAUCCCUUUUCACAGGGUUGGGUUGCUGGUCAGAAUUUAAUGGGUCACCACUGUGAAAUGGUUCAUUUUGCUCUAAAAUGUAAACCAACUCCUUUCAAAAUCACCAAAACCUUUAGAAUGGUCCUUUACCCCCUAUAUAACAGGCACUCCAUAAAUAAUUAUUUAACUGU